CACGACCAGUCCUUCCUUGUCGGAUAUCUGCAUCUUGAUUCAUCAUGGUGUCUUCUUUCGCACUCAAGGCCGUUACGGCUUUGCUCGCCGCCACGCCGGCCACCGCCUUCCUCGUCGGCGACCUCCAGACGGAGACCCAUCCCAAGAUGUCGUGGCAGCGUUGCACGGGCAAGGGUGGCAGCAGCUGCAGCAACGUCAACGGAGAGGUUGUCAUUGACUCUAACUGGCGAUGGCUCCAUGUGAAGAGCGGCUAUACGAACUGCUACGAUGGCAACGAGUGGAACACGACUGCUUGCCCUGACAAUGCGAGCUGCAGCAAGAAUUGUGCCAUGGAGGGCGCCGACUACAGCGGAACGUAUGGCGUUACGACGAGCUCUAACGCAUUGACCCUCAAGUUCAUCACCAAGGGCCAGUACUCAACCAACAUCGGCUCUCGCUUGUACCUGAUGAAGGACUCGAGCAGCUAUGAGAUGUUCAAGUUGAUCGGCAAUGAAUUCACCUUUGACGUCGACAUGUCGAAGUUGCCAUGCGGUCUCAACGGAGCUCUGUACUUCGUCUCCAUGCCUGAGAAAGGCCACGGCGCCCCUGGCGCCAAGUACGGAUCUGGCUACUGCGAUGCCCAGUGCGCUCGCGAUCUGAAGUUCGUUGGUGGCGAGGCCAACGCUGAGGGAUGGGAGCCGUCAUCCAAUGACGCGAACGCUGGUGUCGGCAAGAAGGGCGCUUGCUGCGCUGAGAUGGACGUGUGGGAGGCCAACUCCGUCUCCACUGCGCUCACCCCGCACUCAUGCUCACCCGAGGGCUACUCCGUCUGCACGGACACCAGCUGUGGUGGCACCUACUCGCUCGACCGCUACGCUGGCAGCUGCGACGCCAACGGCUGCGACUUCAACCCGUUCCGUGUCGGUGUCAAGGACUUCUACGGCAAGGGCAAGACGGUCGAUACGUCGCAGAAGAUGACCGUUGUGACGCAAUUCAUCGGAUCCGGCAGCCAGCUCACGGAGAUCAAGCGCUUCUACGUGCAAGGCGGCAAGGUGAUUGUGAACCCCGAGCCCACGAUUCCCGGUAUGACGGGCAACUCGCUCACGCAGGAGUGGUGCGACACGGAGCAACAGGUGUUCCAGGAGGAGGUCUACCCGUUCAACCAGUGGGGCGGCUUCAGCAGCAUGAGCAAGGGCAUGGAUCUGGGCAUGGUGCUUGUGAUGAGCUUGUGGGAUGACCACUAUGCUAACAUGCUGUGGCUUGAUAGCAAUUACCCGACUGAUCAGGACCCCGAGAAGCCGGGUAUCGCCCGUGGCGACUGCCCGACGAGCUCGGGUGUUCCUGCUGACGUCGAGAGCCAGAGCCCGGAUGCCCAGGUUAUCUUCUCCAACAUCAAGUUCGGUCCUGUUGGCUCGACUUUCCAGCAGCCUGCUUAGAGGGCUGAGCUUGAAGUGGGGUGGCUAGAGCCGUCGUAGAUAGCGUGCAUGGGGUAGAGUGGUCGGGUGGACGAGGGUGCGAAAGAGGUCUUCGUGUAUAUAGUUGAUCCUUGCGGUACAAUCACGCUCGUUACUCG